CCCUGCCAUGGCGGCGGCGGCGGGCCUCCACCAAGACGUUCUCGCCCGCAUCUUGCUCCUCCUGUCGUGCAUCGUGGACCGUGUCAGGGCGUCCGCGGUCAACAAGCACUGGCGGCGGGUCUCGCUGCAGAAUCCGCCCCCGCUGCCGCGCCUCCUCAGGCCGUCCACGGCCCAGACCGAGACCUACCGGAUCUUCGGCGGCUUCGGCGAUCCACGCCCGUCCGUCUCCGACGAGGGCCGCGGGCUGCGUUUCUGCGGGUCCGCUCCGGGCGGCUGGUUCGUGACCUCGGCCGAGCCAUGGCGCGGCCACGCCCUACUUCACCUCCGCACUGGAGAGCGCGUCGCCCUGCCGGAGAGGGUGCGUAUCCCGCUCAACUCCGGCGACAUCACGUGCCCCAUGAUGAUCCGCGCCGCCGUCAUGUCCGCCGAGCCGCCGUCUGGCGCCUGCUUCGUCGCCGCCAUCACCUCCAGCCAGACGAACAUGGCGUUCUGGCGCCCGGGCAUGGACUGCUGGUUGUCGCCGCCGGUGGGGAUGGGGCCGGCUCGGCGCAGCACCGAAGACCUCACUUACUACGACGGAUGGUUCUGCGCCGUCGACUCCGAGGAUUAUCUCGUCUGCUACAAGCCGGAAAUCGCCCCUGCUGGAGACGGCGCCUCUUCGCUCACCAUUCGAACUAACGCCUACAAAUUCCAUGCCCAUGGUCACCAAACGGCACCCGGGGAGAUCGUAUCGCACUACCUCUUGCCCUCCGCCUCGGGUGCCGAUCUGCUGAUGGUGAAAAGGUUCAUCUCGCCGGCGAGAGGCGGGACCUGCCGGUUCCAGGUCUUCAGCCUACAGAAGCAACAGGAUGGACUGCCGGCUUCCUGGCGCUUGUACCAGCUGAGCGGGCAGGUCCUCUUCGUCGGCCGGGCCUGCUCCAAGGCCUUCGACACGGGGCAUGCCGGCAGCCCGGGCUACAUCUACUUCCUCGACGACGUCUACACUCGCAGGCCACAUAGUGUCGUCCAGUAGAAGGAGUAUUCCUGCGCCGACGCCGGCCGGUGGUGUUACUUGGUCCCCGACGAGAUCGACCGCUGCCUGCCAUGGGCGGCGCCCUCAGACACCUCGCCGUGCAUUUGGUACCACCAUUAAUUACCCAGCAUGGUUCAGUCAGUUUGAGGCGGCUCAUCAUAGAUAUUUCGACCAGUUUAAUAAGAGUUUGGUGCCUAGAGUGUUGUUUGUGUUUGCUCCUCGUCAGCGUUUCUUUGUUGUUGUACUUGUUGGUUGUCGUCGUUGUGGUUCUCUGCAUAUCCAGUUUGUUGUAUGCUCCAGGUCGAUCAGUAUUUGUUGUAUGUCGUCGUUGUUGUCGUCAGUUAACUUAAUUUGCAGGCUGUUUUCAAACUCAUUUCAUCUAUAUGAAAUUGUCAACUAUUUAGACUGC